UAUUUUACAAAUCGACCGAUAGGCUCAAUUUUUCUACUAGUCACUCCAACGCAAUGCGACUACAUCAGCCACAGCUGCAUCAACCUCAGACGGAAGAGGCGGUGCCGGUGACGACCACGGCGACGCCAAAUCAGAACCCGGCGCAGUCGGUGGAGGCACCGCCGAAGCAGGUGGCUCUGGCCAUGGACAGGCUGGGCCAAGCUGCUCGCCUGAUCGCCGACAUCAGGCUCGGCGCCGAUCGCCUCCUCGAAGCUCUCUUCGUCACCGCACAGCCUCACCAAAGCACCAAGCCCCUCCACUUGUUCCUUAAAGAAGACGCCUCCAUGCGCCAACACUUCCAAGACCUCCGAUCCGUUGGAAGGCAGCUUGAGGAGUCUGGGGUUCUGAAUGAAUCACUUCGGUCGCGAAGUAAUUCGUGGGGGUUGCACAUGCCCUUGGUCUGUCCUGACGGUGCUGUGGUUGCAUAUGCUUGGAAACGCCAACUUGCCGGGCAGGCUGGUGCGUCUGCGGUCGACAGGACGAGGUUAGCUCUCAAGGCCUUCACUGACCAGAAAAGACGAUUUUUCCCUCACCUUGAUGAUGGAUUAGAUGGUCAGGGUACUGAAUCAGAUUCAAAAAAACGUUGCAGUCCCCAGGUACAGAUGGCAAAUCAUCAUGAAGAGUUGAGUGAUUAUAAGACACUAACAGACGUUCUGAUGUGUCUGGAAAAAGAAGUGCCGAAUCUAAGAAUUUUUACAUAUGAACGUUUGGACUGGUUGAAAAGAGCAUUGUCGCUGCCCUCUUUAGCAAAUGAGACUUCCCUGGAAAUCUCUAAAGAACACAAUUUAUACAGUUCAAAUAAACUAAGACCAGGAUCGCUGAGUAAUGUUGCUACAGAGAAGAUUGCUGUGAUUGAGUUGCUGUUUCCCUCUAUCUUCAGAGCUAUUAUAUCACUUCAUCCAGUUGGUUCUACUGAUCCUGACUCAGUUGCAUUCUUUUCUCCGGAUGAGGGAGGCAGCUACAUGCAUGCCAGAGGCCUUUCAGUUUAUCAUGUGUUCAGAUGCAUUACGGAGCAUGCCGCUAUGGCUCUGCAGAGUUUUCUCGGAAUUCGAGCUGAAACAGCUCUACAAUCUCUUCUGCAUUGGGUCUGUAGCUAUCAAUCUAUAUUUACCAAAGUUUGCAGCAAGUGUGGACGGCUGCUAUUGAUGGACAAAAAAUCGGCUUUACUGUUACCUCCAGUUUAUCGUCCUUACAGGCAGUUUUCUGCAUUGGAAAUGUCAUACACCCAACCUAUAAAGGACACGAAUUAUGAUCUUGCUCAGGCUUAUCAUGUCGGUUGCUUUUCAGAGGAAGUGUAGGCGCGGCGGGUAUUGAGGAAGGUAAGUUAGUGAGGCCUUUUUAGUCGAAUAAUUAAUCCAUAACUGUUAUUUGCAUGUUGCAAUUUUUCAUCUCCUUUUUCUGUUAAUACUAAAAUAUGCCCUGUUGAUUUAAGUAA